UCCCGCCUCGAGCACCUCGCCAAGAUCGAGGCCCAGGCUCGCGCUGCCGACCAGGCUGACCUUGUUGGCAACCUUUACAACCGCGUCAUCAAGGCCACCCAGGACCCGAAGUUCCGCGAGGCCGCCCUCAAGAAGAGCCUUGCCGACCUCGAGGCCCUCCAGGUCUAA